CACCGAGAGAGUAAGUGAAGCUCUGAAACAAACAAAAAUAAUGGAGGCGUUCGGUGGGUACUUAGUCGACGAGAAAGCCGUAAGAGUGGAGAACAUUUUCUUGGAGUUUCUCAAGAGUUUUAGAUUGGAUGGAGAGGCUUAUUACGAAGCCGAAAUUGAAGCCAUGAGAGCCAACGAAUCAACCACCAUGUUCAUCGAUUUCUCACACGUUAUGCGCUUCAACGAUGUUCUUCAAAAGGCGAUUGCCAACGAAUACUUGAGAUUUGAGCCGUAUUUGAAGAACGCGUGUAAGAGGUUUGUCACGGAGCAACACCCGACUUUCAUUUCAGAUGAUAAUCCGAACAAAGAUGUGAAUGUUGCCUUUUUCAACAUCCCUUUCUUGAAGCGAUUGAGAGAGUUGACUACAGCAGAAAUUGGGAAACUUGUAUCGGUUACUGGCGUUGUUACGCGCACAAGUGAGGUUCGGCCUGAGCUUUUACAAGGAACUUUCCGGUGCUUGGAUUGUGGAGGGGUCAUCAAGCAUGUUGAGCAGCAAUUCAAGUACACUGAGCCCACUAUUUGUGUGAAUGCUACGUGUUCAAAUAGAAAUAAAUGGGCAUUGCUUCGUCAAGAUAGUAAGUUUGCCGAUUGGCAGAGGGUGAGGGUGCAGGAGACUUCCAAGGAGAUUCCAGCUGGAUCUUUACCUAGAUCAUUGGAUGUUAUUCUCCGCCAUGACAUUGUUGAACAGGCUAGGGCUGGAGACACGGUCAUUUUCACAGGAACUGUGGUUGUCAUACCUGAUAUAAUGGCAUUGGCCUCUCCUGGGGAGAGAGCAGAAUGUCGUCGCGAAGCUAAUCAGCGUAGGAAUUCUGCUGUUGGACACGAUGGUGUGAGGGGUCUGCGAUCAUUGGGAGUGAGAGAUCUCUCCUAUCGCCUCGCCUUUAUUGCCAAUUCUGUUCAGAUUGCUGAUGGUAGAAGGGAGUCUGACGUAAAAAAUAGAAAGAAGGAUGCUGAUGAAGACGAACAAUAUCAGUUCACGACAGAAGAGAUAGAUGAAAUCCAAAGAAUGAGAAAUGUGCCCGAUUUCUUCAAUAAGAUGGUUGAUAGCAUUGCUCCAACUGUUUUUGGUCACCAAGAUAUCAAGCGAGCCAUCCUGCUCAUGCUUUUGGGGGGUGUCCACAAGUUGACCCAUGAAGGCAUCAACCUGAGAGGAGACAUAAAUGUUUGCAUAGUUGGAGAUCCCAGCUGUGCCAAAUCACAGUUCCUCAAGUACACUUCUGGUAUAGUUCCUAGAUCUGUCUACACAUCAGGCAAGUCCUCUUCUGCUGCAGGGUUGACUGCAACUGUGGCCAAAGAACCAGAAACUGGGGAAUUCUGCAUUGAGGCUGGCGCACUGAUGCUUGCUGACAAUGGUAUUUGUUGCAUUGAUGAAUUUGACAAGAUGGACGUCAGGGACCAGGUUGCAAUUCAUGAAGCCAUGGAGCAGCAGACAAUAAGCAUUACAAAAGCAGGGAUACAGGCAACACUUAAUGCUCGAACAUCAAUUCUAGCUGCGGCUAACCCUACUGGGGGCCGCUAUGAUAAAUCUAAACCACUUAAGUACAAUGUUGCCCUUCCUCCUGCUAUUCUUUCAAGAUUUGAUCUGGUGUAUGUGAUGAUCGAUGACCCAGAUGAUCAAACUGAUUAUCACAUUGCCCAUCAUAUUGUCAGAGUUCAUCAGAAACGUGAAAAUGCACUUGCUCCUGCAUUCACUACUGCACAACUGAAGCGGUACAUUGCAUAUGCAAAAACUUUGAAACCAAAGCUAAGCAUGGAAGCCAGGAAGCUGUUGGUGGACUCGUAUGUUGCUCUGCGUAGGAGUGAUACAGCUCCAGGUGGUAGAGUUGCAUAUCGCAUGACGGUUAGGCAGCUGGAGGCAUUGAUCAGGUUGUCUGAGGGCAUUGCUCGAAGUCAUUUAGAAACUCAGGUACAACCACGUCAUGUUAAUGUAGCAGUGAGACUGCUGAAAACAUCUGUAAUCAGUGUGGAAUCGAGCGAGAUCGAUCUGUCUGAGUUUCAAGAAGAGAACCGUGAUGAUAGUCAUGCUGGUGAUAAUGGAAAUGCUCCAACUGGUAAUGGCGAUACUCAACCAAGUAAUGGGACUGCUGAACCACCUUCCGGAAAUGCUGAAAAUGGACCAAAUUCUUCUAACCGACAAGGGAAAACACUUGUGAUAAGUGAUGAAUAUUUCCAGAGGAUUACACAAGCCCUUGUCAUGCGUCUUAGACAGCAUGAAGACACUGUAGUCCAACAAGGAACUGGGCUUGCUGGAAUGAGGCAAAAGGACUUGAUAAAAUGGUAUAUUGACCAACAGAAUGAGAAAAAUACCUACAGUACUAUGGAGGAAGUUAAGAAGGAAAUUACCAAAAUCAAAGCUAUUAUUGAGAGCUUGAUACGGAGGGAAGGUCAUCUAAUAGUGGUGGAUGAUGGCAGACAAGCAGUGGACGAGGGUGAAGCUGAAAGACGUCCGUCUAGAGAUGACAGAAUUCUAGCUGUGGCUCCAAACUAUGUCAUUGAUUGAAGUCGAGAUUCUUUGACAAGCACAGCUCGAAUGUAGCUGAAUUUAACUUGGUCAUCUGUUCCCCAGUGAGUUGGUGGUACAGUAAGAUGGUAAUAUCAGGAUCUCCAGUUCAUGACAGUCAAAGACUCACCCCAUAAAAGGCGAGUAUCGAUCUUGAAAACAUGUUUUUUAGUGAUUUAACUGAAAAAUUCUCCCGCAUGUUUUCCCUUAUACUGUUGUAAUUUAAUUAACCAGUCUAGGUUGUAAUAUAAAUAUCUCCAUGGAAUUUCAUUAAAUUCAUUUUAGCACUGGUGUGUACUCUUAAUUCCUUUGCCGGUCCAGCUGUCAAGAUCGACCAAUGAUGUUACUGAACAUUUGUAAUGUAAGGAACAAGACAAGCAGCCAGCGAGCAGCCCAGCAGUGGUACUGGUAAGUGAAACAUGACAAGUUACUUGAUGUUGUUGUUGUGCUGGAUUGAAAAAUCAAGCACUCUCCCCACCCCACCUACCUUUCUAAGAUGACACAAAUAUAAGAUAGUACUAGUAUCAGAUAUUCUGUCCAGUGAGUUAUCUGACUGGCCCUUAUCUGGCAUUGCUUGCAAUUUCAAGCUUUUUGGCAUCAUCCCCAUGUGCUUUUACUACUUUUCUCUGAUUAUUGCUUUGAACAAAAUAGAAGCUUGGCUGGCCAGUUUGACACUAAAAAUUUGAUCAAAUUUUCUAUUUGGUAGAGAGCUUGUUUCGAGUAUUGAUGUUCAAAUUUUUUGGCGCUUGAAACAAAAGUCUUCACUCUUCAUUAGUGUCAAUUCAUUGCACAGAUGGGCUGUCAAUUUCUAUACUGGUUGGUUUUGUCCU